AUGCCGAGUUCAUCAAUACGCAUUUGUCUUUCUAAUCUUGUCUCUGCAACAGCUAUGAAGUGGCUCGUCUGUUUGUUGCUGUUGAGCUUGUCAUUUCCAAGCGCACCAUCGUCUACAAUACAAAGGCAAUCUAGGCAACCCGCUUCUGAACGCCAUCAAGCAGAAAUUGAGGUAAAGUGCACAGAUGCUCUACCCAAAAUCAUUGUUCAGCCAGAAAACGUUACAGUCUUUCUUAACGACAACGAGCCAUUUGAGGAUACACCUUGUACCGACUAUUUUUCAUUGUUGAAGCGGAAAGCAUUUAGAAAGAUUGCAGUGCGUGCUGCUGAUCGAUACAGAAAAAAUCAAAAGUGGGCUAAACGUCUCAACACAAUCCAAGUAUUACAAAGUCUCAACGUCGUCAAACUGUCUACUCUGUUAAGGCCACCGGAUUUAUCAAAGGUUUUAGACAGUAUGUCAGAAUUACAGCGAGUAAUCAACAACCCAAGGCUUUCUACAGAUAACUUGAUCAAUGCCUCAAGUCUUCCUUCAAAGUCAUUAGUCUACCGUUCUGCAGCCAUUCUUACAUCCGUCAAAGUAUUGAAUGCAACUCGUCGCACGGGACUGUUCUUGCCUGCAUCCAACAAAUGCCCGCCAUCCAAACAAUUGCUCAUCCCAUGUGAAGCAGAUACGGGAAGAAUUGAUUUCUAUUACAAUGGAGCACUUGUUAGCAGAGAUCACCCACGUUUUCUCUACAACAAACACGGACUACAAUUUCUGAGUACGGUUCGUGCUCUUGGUGGAAACUACACUUGUGUUGCUGUAAACGGUUGUGCAAGACAAUCAACUUCUGCAUUUAUUGACAUGCGUAGUUAUCGUUCUCGUAUUUCUAAUCGCAACUUUACCAAUUUGGUGAUGUACGGCAAGCAUACUUUUGUUACCUUUAGAAAGGUUUUUACACAGACGUCAACAUUUUCCAACGUCACUUCAUCAUUCUUUAAAUUGAAGAACGUCUCUACAGACAAAAUGACAUUUUCUAAUGUUAGCUCAAGUCACAUGGACGUAGUCAACUUGUCUGCAGUCAACAUGACAUUGUUCAACGUCAGUUCAGGCCACAUGGACUUAGUCAACUUGUCUGCAGUCAACAUGACUUUUUUCAACGUUAGUUCAAGCUACAUCAUGGACUUGUUCAACUUGUCUGCAGUCAACAUGAAUUUGUUCAACGUUAGUUCAAGCCACAUCAUGGACUUGUUCAACUUGUCUGCAGUCAACAUGACUUUUUUCAACGUUAGUUCAAGCCACAUCAUGGACUUGUUCAACUUGUCUGCAGUCAACAUGAAUUUGUUCAACGUUAGUUCAAGCCACAUCAUGGACUUGUUCAACUUGUCUGCAGUCAACAUGAAUUUGUUCAACGUCAGUUCAAGCGACAUGGACUUAGUCAACUUGUCUGCAGUCAACAUGAAUUUGUUCAAUUUCAGUGCAUCUUCUAUGGAUUUCGCCAACUUGUCUGCAGUCAACAUGACUUUUUUCAACGUUAGUUCAAGCCUCAUCUACUUGUUCAACUUGUCUGCAGUCAACAUGAAUUUGUUCAAUUUCAGUUCAUCUGUUAUGGAUUUCGCCAACUUGUCUGCAGUCAACAUGAAUUUGUUCAACGUCGGUUCAAGCCACAUGGAUUUAGUCAACUUGUCCGCAGUCAACAUGAAUUUGUUUAAUUUCAGUUCAUUGUUUUUGAAUAUCGCCAACUUGUCUGCAGUCAACAUGAAUUUGUUCAAUUUUAGUUCAUCAUUUUUGUAUAUCGCCAACUUGUCUGCAGUCAACAUGAAUUUGUUCAAUUUCAGUUCAUCUGUUAUGGAUUUCGCCAACUUGUCUGAAGUCAACAUGAAUUUGUUCAACGUCGGUUCAAGCCGCAUGGAUUUAGUCAACUUGUCCGCAGUCAACAUGAAUUUGUUUAAUUUCAGUUCAUUGUCUUUGAAUAUCGCCAACUUGUCUGCAGUCAACAUGAAUUUGUUCAAUUUUAGUUCAUCAUUUUUGUAUAUCGCCAACUUGUCUGCAGUCAACAUGAAUUUGUUCAAUUUCAGUUCAUCUUUUAUGGAUAUCGUCAACUUGUCUGCAGUCAAUAUGACUGUCAGCUUUCCUGCGUCCAGACACUUGUCAUUCAAGAAUGUCAAUGUCACGUCUCUUGUCAUUCUUAACAUGCGUCGGUUGUUAGCAAUAUCAUUCAUAAACAGCACUGUCAGCAACCUUGAACUGGAAAAGAAGAAAAUGAAACCAAUCAUCUCUACUGAUCUCAGCUCUCGUGUGAACAUUAGACCGUGAAUGCAUAUACAAUGCAUUCAAACCUCUUGCUAAGCAUGUCAGGUAACUUGUGAAGAAGCAAGUGAGGCAUCUUGUUCGAAAUACAUAGUAUAGUGUCUAUAA